CUUUUCAUAUGAAUCCUAAUACCAUUGCAAUUCCUAAAAAAGGGUCUGUUUUUUCCACUUUUGAAAAAGCCCGUGCAUUUAUAGAAAACUAUGCUGCACAUACCAAUACCGUUAUAUUCUUGGCGAAAACAACUAAAAAUAAAGAUGGUAGUGGUUAUAGACAAGAGCAGUAUAAUGGUAAAAAAGAAAAAUACAUCACUAAGCAAAUAGGUUGCUCAUUUGUUGCUAGAAUAAAUUAUAGCAAACAUGAAAAAAAGUUUGCUAUAACAAAAUUAUGCUUAGAGCAUAAUCAUGAAGUUAAUCCGGAUGCCAGAAAGUUUAGCAGUAAUAUGCGUAAAUUUGAUCUGAAUGAACUAGGCAUGAUUAGAGAGCUUCAUAAUAAUGGACUACGAAUUAAAGACAUAUAUGCUAUUUUAACCUCAAUUAGCUCAAAGUACACUUUGCAAAAUGAUGAAAAUAUUAUGUUAGGCAUAGCAACUAAACCUGCAUACAAUGAUGAAUGUGAUCAGGAUGGUUCAUUUAUACAAGCAAUUUUCUGGGCUUAUCGAAGUGCAGUCUUUGAGUUUGCAAUAGCUAAAGAU